AUGAUUUUGACGAAAAAGUGCGAAAGGAUAUCCGGUUCGACCGGAAAUCUUAUAUUUGGCGUUACUGCUGAAAGAUAUGGCUGCAUACAUUGUAUUAGCCUGCUAACUCGACGUUUACGUUUGACAUAAGCUUAAUUCUUCGACCAACGUUUUGAAAUUGUAUGAUAACAAGCAAGUUAUAUCGCUUCUGUAGACACAAAAAAAGUUAACGUCUUUCUGAGUUUUGUAAAUCACGUUAGCUACCAAGCUAUACAAAGGAGAAACCAGUUAGCCAGCUACUAGCCUAGCUAGUACUAGGUGGCUAGCUAGUUUAGCUCCUUACGAAGUGUUUUAUUGUUAUUUUGUUACCAGAUAGAUUUUUUUUAAACAUAGCUGGAUACAUUUGCUGGUGUUACAAAGAAAAAGCCUCAAUGCCCGAACAAGGCCCAAGGAUGAAUGGUUUUUCCCUCGGCGAACUAUGCUGGCUAUUCUGUUGCCCGCCCUGUCCCAGUCGCAUCGCAUCCAAACUAGCCUUUCUCCCUCCCGAACCCACGUACUCCGUACACACCGAUGCUAACGGGACGAGUAGCCUGCAUCUAACCGAGCGAGCAGACUGGCAGUACUCCCAACGCGAACUGGACGCUGUCGAGGUGUUCAACACCAGAACCAGUCGGGGAAACCGACUGGGUUGCAUGUUUGUACGAUGCGCACCCAACAGCCGGUACACGUUGCUCUUUUCCCACGGUAACGCAGUGGACUUAGGCCAAAUGUGUAGUUUCUACAUCGGCCUCGGUUCGAGGAUAAACUGCAACGUCUUCUCGUAUGAUUAUUCGGGCUACGGUGUCAGCAGCGGGAAACCGUCAGAAAAGAACCUGUAUGCGGACAUCGAGGCUGCCUGGCAGGUGCUAAGGAACAAGUAUGGAGUGACCCCAGAGAACAUCAUCCUGUACGGUCAGAGCAUCGGCACGGUACCCACGGUGGAUUUGGCGGCGCGCUACGAGUGUGCCGCCGUCAUCCUGCACUCACCUCUUAUGUCCGGCCUGCGAGUGGCCUUCCCUGACACGCGCAAGACCUACUGCUUCGACGCCUUCCCCAGCAUCGACAAGGUGUCCAAGGUGGCGUCGCCGGUGCUGGUGAUCCACGGCACGGAGGAUGAGGUGAUCGACUUCUCGCACGGCCUGGCAAUGUACGAGCGCUGCCCGCGUGCCGUGGAGCCCCUGUGGGUGGAGGGCGCCGGGCACAACGACAUCGAGCUCUACGCCCAGUACUUGGAGCGGCUCAAGCAGUUCAUCUCCAUCGAGCUGCCCACAUCCUGAUCUCCCUUGGCCUCCUCCAGUAAAACCUAGAGGGGGGCUGCGUAUCAAGUCUAAAAUGGCUUCCUUUUUUCUUUCCUUGAUCUGUGCAGAGAGAAGUGGAUUGGUGGAAAUUUGAUACCUGAAAUCCACCAUGUUGGUUUGUAUUGUUUAUCGGUGCAGAUGUUGGAGAGGAGGGGAGGAAGUGUUGAGAUGCUUCCCCCAGGGCUUAACCAGGUCAGGCUGAGCUGAGCCAGGCCAAGGCAUCCCCGGCGCUCAUAUGUGGACAGGUCCCAGGUCUCUUUGCCAAGGAGCUAGGGCCCGCUCAGUAUUUGCACUUGCUCUUCAAUCUGGAUCUGGAUUUGAUUCUCCUUCUCGCUCUCCCUCUCUGCCGGUGGGGAUGUGAUAAAUUCCCUCUGCGAUCUUGUUCUCCCUAUUUCAUCUGUUUCGCUCUCUUUUAUGCUCAUGAUUGAUUGACUUUGUAUUCUUUUCUACCUGAUGAAGAACAAUCUGUUUUGCACCUCAGAUACAUGAUUGAUGUUCUUGCUUGUUUGUGUUUGUUAAAUAUUAUUUUAUUUUUUUUCCAUUCAGGGUGAAUUGAAACGAAUGCACUUUUAUUGUGCAGAUAAGUUCAGGUAAUCAUACUGUAUGUUCUGAUGUAUGUUCUUUGUUAUCUUAUUGACAUUCCAUGUGUUUCACUACACAGAAUCUCAUUCCCAUCUUGUUUUCAAGGCAGUGUGUGACCGUGUGAGAGAUGCGUGUGGUUGAAAAACGUCAUUACCCAGCUCACCCCUGGGUGUCUCACCUCCUGUAACAAUGCUCUUGUUAACUGGACGUCAGGUGUUUUUCCUCAACUGGGGUUUUCCAGUGAGGGACACCACCUGACCCUAAUGAUAACACUUGAGGGACACCAUGUAUCAAAUAAAAACAUACCUACAAUGUACUGUAAUGAACCAAAUCAGCCCCUAGCCAGUACUGUCUCUAGACACACCUGAUCAGCCCCUAGCCAAUACUGUCUCUACACACACCUGAUCAACCCCUAGCCAGUACUGUCUCUAGACACACCUGAUCAGCCCCUAGCCAGUACUGUCUCUAGACACACCUGAUCAGCCCCUAGCCAGUACUGUCUCUAGACACACCUGAUCAGCCCCUAGCCAGUACUGUCUCUAGACACACCUGAUCAGCCCCUAGCCAGUACUGUCUCUAGACACACCUGAUCAGCCCCUAGCCAGUACUGUCUCUAGACACACCUGAUCAGCCCCUAGCCAGUACUGUCUCUAGACACACCUGAUCAGCCCCUAGCCAGUACUGUCUCUAGACACACCUGAUCAGCCCCUAGCCAGUACUGUCUCUAGACACACCUGAUCAGCCCCUAGCCAGUACUGUCUCUAGACACACCUGAUCAGCCCCUAGCCAGUACUGUCUCUAGACACACCUGAUCAGCCCCUAGCCAGUACUGUCUCUAGACACACCUGAUCAGCCCCUAGCCAGUACUGUCUCUAGACACACCUGAUCAGCCCCUAGCCAGUACUGUCUCUAGACACACCUGAUCAGCCCCUAGCCAGUACUGUCUCUAGACACACCUGAUCAGCCCCUAGCCAGUACUGUCUCUAGACACACCUGAUCAGCCCCUAGCCAGUACUGUCUCUAGACACCCGUGUAGAUCUGAAAGGAGCCGAUUUGAAGCAGUAUUCAUGUCUUGCUGUUCGGAGGAUGUUUUACCAUAUUGCUAAGACCUAUCCAUUCAUUUCAGAUCUGGAGGUAUGUCUUGGGCGUAGGAGUUGAUUUGGGAUUCAGCACCAGUGUAGAUGUUUUUGUUCAGAAGUUUUCCGCGAAGCCAUUUUGUUUGUUCAGAAUUAAGAUUGUGUUUAACGUAAAUGCUUUGGGUUGCUGUUUGUCAGUAUGUAGCUGUUCCUUUCAUUUCAAAUCUUCAAAUAAAGCCUUAAGUCUGUGGACAUUUCACCCUAAAAUUCCUGUCGACUUGAGUUGGGGAGUCUCAUGGUCUGCAGGGGGACUGACUGCUGCUAUGGGUUCGGUUGGAGGAAUCUUCUCAAUCACUGUGAAAAGAUGUUUUGGGGUAAUACUGAUCAAAAAGGUACUUCACCUAAUGCAAUCUCAAUGAGUCUUCACAUGUAGAUGAGAGAUUUUUGAGCCAUCUCACCACCAUUUGCAGAUUCUGGCUGUAUCCCUUUUUGUCUGGGGGUAAAGGGGGGAUUCCCCCCAACAGACCCCUUCCCUGCUCCCCAUCUCGUUUCACUCCAAAGAACUCUGCAAGUGUCACCAAGACUACGUUUUGGAAGAAACACUGCAUGCAAACAACUUUUCAUAAAGGACAUUUUGAGUGUAGAGAGAAGAAGACAGAGGAAUGACUGGGUUGGAAGUCUUCUGCUAAUGUUCUCAGCUGUAAAAUAAUAAUAAACACAGAAACACUACACUGCUCAAGGAGUGUCCUUUUGGAAGGAGGGGGUAUAAGUGAAGGAUAUGUGCGUAGCAACUUGUGAUUAAUGUUUUGACUGACAGUGUAUUGCUGUGAGGUGAUGGCUGUAUUUUGCGGUCGUGGUUGGGUUUUUGUGUGACGAAUAAAAGAUUCUAGUGUUUUCUCGUCAUAACUUACUAAGGGGCCUAUGUUUUGACACAACGAGCCCUUUAACUUAACAUCUAGUUUUUACUGCUCGUCUUUUUAAAGAACGAAAAACUGCUUUAGUCCCAUUUAUUGUUUUGAUACUGACAUUUUUACUAUGUUAUUUUCCAGUAAAUGUUGAUAGAUUUACACUCUAAUGCUGGUUUGUCAGAACCAUAUGUAAUGUAUCUAUAUAUCCUCUAUACAUAAUAUAAAACAUUGAUUUAAGGGCUAUUCUAGCCUACUUGAGUUUAACACUGGAGUCACAGUAUGCAAAUCUAAUGCAUAAAAAAACUAGUGGGUACAGAGGUUUCUUAGUGUUAAACUGACAAAGAAGAAGCCUUAAAUGUGCUGUGCUACAGAUUGUCAUUCAUGUUGGCUGUGUUGCUUUCAGGCAACACAGUGGAUGUUUUAAUGCUUAAUGGAAUAAAGAAUGCAUGGAAUUACA